AUGGAGUCUAUACUUCUAUUUCUCACUAUUAGCCUUGUUGGUUUAUAUCUCGUUGGAUCUCAUCUCAGCAAAAAGCACUCUCUGGGACACUUACCACCAGGACCUCCCCGAAAGCCAAUAAUCGGCAAUCUAACCGACCUGCCAUCACACGAUGUGUGCGAUUGGGAAUACUGGCUUAAACACAAAGACCUCUAUGUAUAUUCGGCGACAACAUCGUCAUCCUCAAUGACGCCCGCUUCGCACGAGACAUACUCGAGAAGCGCUCUUCCAUCUGGUCCUCCAGACCCAGUUGGAACUUUGUCGAGGGCCGGUUGGAAUAAGAUUCUAGGCACCUUGGCAUAUUCAGAUCCCUCGUUUAAGGAUAUGCGGAAGGCCAUUGGUCAUCAGAUUGGGUCCAAAACAGCUGCGUCUCGAUUCAACGCAGUGCAGGAUCUUGAGGUUCGUCGAUUUCUUCUUCGUGUGCUGGAGGAUCCGGAUAAUUUACUUCAACAUAUACGCAAAGUAGCUAGAGAGGCCGGUGCUAUCGUUUUAAAAAUCGCAUAUGGCUAUACCAUUGAGCCACACGGGCAUGACCCCCUUGUUGACCUCGCUGAUGAGGCUAUGGCUACUUUCGGGUUGGCGAUUCUUCCCGGGACCUGGGUGGUGGAUUUUAUUCCGAUCUUGAAACACGUGCCUACAUGGUUUCCGGGGGCUCAGUUUGCACGAAUGGCAAAGCAAUUUCGAAAGAGUGCUGCAGCUUUCAGCGACGUCCCCUAUGCAUUUGUUAAACGCAGACUGGCCCAACGAGACUUUGAGCCAUCUUUUCUUGCCGGUUUGAUCCGAAAGAAUGAGGAGCAGCCAGGCCCGGGGUCUUAUGAAGAAACAGUGAUAAAGUGGGCUGCUGCAUCCUUCUAUGGUGGGGGAUCUGAUACGACUGUAUCCACCAUGUCUAGUUUCUUCCUAGUCAUGGCACAGUACCCCCAUGUGCAACGGAAGGCACAAGCGGGAAUUGAUUGUGUUGUAGGGCCAGAUCGUCUGCCUAGUUUUCAGGAUCGCGAAAAUCUUCCGUAUAUUUAUGCCAUGGUCAAAGAGAUCCUUCGAUGGCAUCCGGUGCUCCCGAUGGGUACAGCGCACGCCUCCGUUAUGGAUGACACAUAUGAGGGAUAUACAUUUCCCAAAGGGACUCUGAUGGUCCCGAAUGUCUGUUGGGUUGUUCAGUCCUUAGGAGACAAUUCGGCUUUUACGCACGACCCCAGUACCUACCCAGAUCCUCACACCUUCAAGCCAGAGCGCUUCCUAAGCUACGAAGGGCAUGAGCCAGAGGCCAAUCCGUACUACUUGGUCUUCGGGUUCGGCCGCCGUGUCUGUCCAGGCCGCACGCUCGCUGAUGCGAACCUGUAUAUCUCCAUCGCUCAAUCGGUGGCAGCCUUCACCAUCACCAAGCCGAUUCGAGAUGGCAAGGAGGUUGAUCUACGGGCCGAGUAUCAAUCGGGUGCGAUCAGUCACCCGGUGCCUUACAACGUUACUAUCACACCGCGUAGCCCGCGGUAUGAAGAGCUUAUUCGGGCUGUGGAGACGGAACAUCCGUGGGAGAAGAGCCAUUCCGAAGAGCUUAGGCUGGUGUGA